CCGAGCGGAUGAUUAGGCGGUACACCUGGCUGUCAAGAUAAGUGCGCCUACCUGUCACUUCCUGCUGUCGGUAUUUAUUCAUUUUCACUUUUUUUCCCGAUUCCAGCUCAAUUGGCGCGUCACUGCCAUGUUUGUAUGAUUUCGUCUAAUGUAUCCCGCACGGUUUGCGGACCCUGCGGACCAAACGUUACGACCUUGGCUUCACGUUCGACUCAAAGGAGGAGUAACCCCCCCACCCCCUCCACCCCUGGACUCUGCUGGGAAAACACCGCUUAGGUUUAAUUAACGACCGCGACUGGACACGUUUGAAUGUGAACUCAGACUGUGGUCUUUAUUAAUACAGCAGCAGCAGCGGGAGGACGGACUCUGCCUGGUGGAAAGGCAUGGAUGAGAGGUUAUGUGUGACCCCCAGCUGAAGGCCUCUGUCGCCCUGACCUGUGCAUCCCACCAGUCCCUCUGUGAGCAUGUAUCGCAGGAACGGACUUUCGGAUGGCACCAGCAUCAAUUCGGUCACCUCAGAGGCCAGCAGCAGCUCUGAAUCUCUGGAUGGACCCUGUGUAGACUACGCCAAGAGCUACGAUGCAGUUGUCUUUGACGUGCUGAAGGUGACGCCUGAGGAGUUUGCUAGCCAGAUCACCCUGAUGGACGCCCCGGUCUUCAAAGCCAUACAGCCAGAGGAGCUGGCCAGCUGUGGAUGGAAUGGCAAAGAGAAACACAGUUUGGCUCCCAAUGUGGUUGCAUUCACACGCAGGUUCAACCAGGUCAGCUUUUGGUUGGUGAGAGAAAUCUUAACUGCCCAGACGCUGAAAAUCCGAGCAGAAAUCCUGAGCCAUUUUGUCAAAAUAGCAAAGAAACUGUUGGAGUUGAACAACCUUCACUCUCUGGUGUCAGUGGUGUCUGCUCUGCAGAGUGCUCCCAUCUUCAGACUCAGCAAAACCUGGGCGUUGAUCAGUCGGAAAGACAAGGCCACAUUCGAGAAGCUAAACUAUCUGACAUCCAAAGAAGAGAACUACACCCGCAUGAGAGAAUAUAUCCGCUCCCUGAAGAUGGUUCCCUGUAUCCCUUACCUUGGGAUCUACCUGUUGGACAUGAUCUACAUCGACUCAGCCUAUCCUGCAUCAGACAGUAUCAUAGAGACAGAGCAGCGGACCAAUCAGAUGAACAACCUUCUGAGGGUCAUCUCUGACCUGCAGAUGUCAUGUAACUAUGAUUAUUUGGUGACUUUGCCACAUGUCCAGAAGUAUCUGCUGUCAGUUCGCUACAUAGAGGAACUUCAGAAGUUUGUGGAGGAUGACAACUUCAAGCUGUCUCUGAAGAUUGAACCUGGCAACAGCUCCCCUCGCAUCGCCUCUUCCAAAGAAGACCUGGCAGGUCUGUCUGAGGUAUCUGCCUCUCUAAGGUAUAACAGACGGCCUACUUGCCCUGACGCCUCUGUUGGGGUUCAUAUCCCCACACCCCCACCCUCUCACCACAGGAAGAGCCACAGUCUGGGAAACAAUAUGAUGUGUCAGUAUGGCAUGUCUGAGAGCAGGAGUGCCACGUUCCCCAUAGAGAAAGCACGACACCUGCUGGACGACAGCUUCUUAGAGUCUCAGAGUCCAGUCAGAAAUGAUCCACACAGUACCUCUGUGUCCAACGGUCUGUCAUUAGGCAGCAGUGAAAGCUCUUUUGGGGAGGAGCUGUCACCUGGAAUGGAGAGGGGCCGCAUGUACGCAACACUGGGCCCCAACUGGAGGGUCCCUCUACGCAACGACCCGCGGAGCCGCAGCUAUGUUUACAGCUCCUCUGCUGCCAACUCCUGCUAUGGAUGCAGCGAGGCUGGUGGUGUGACCAUUGAAGGACCCCUGCGCAGGAAAACACUGCUGAAGGAGGGACGCAAGCCCAGGUUGUCAUCGUGGACUAGAUUUUGGAUAAUGCUGACCGGAUCAACACUGACAUUCUAUGGGGCGAAAGCUCUGAGGGCCUCUGAGAGGAAACAUUAUAAGUCCAGCCCCUGUAAGAAGGUGUCUGUUACUGGGUGGAUGGUGGUGCUGCCAGAUGACCCGGCCAGACCCAACAUCUUCCAGCUCAAUGACCCAGACAAAGGCAAUGUUUACAAGUUUCAGACAGGAUCCAGGUUUUCAGCGAUCAUCUGGCACAAAAAUCUGGAAGAGGCUUGUAGGAGCAGCAGACCUCAGAUACCAGCAAACCUCAUGUCAUUUGAAUGAGAGCAGACAUGAACCUGAAGGACAUUAAUGUGCCAAAACCAUUUGUUUGGGAAGUAUAGAGUGAAUGAUGAACACAGUGCAAUCUGAUGGGAUCUGCUGAAAUGGGAGAGUGAUACUGGACAUGUGACCCUUCUUUCUUUCUCUAAGCUUCUUGUUCAUGGUCAUUUGUUAUGCUGCUAAAAACAUGUGAGCGAGCACAUAGGGAUUUUUUUUGUUAAUGUUCUGCUUGGGUGAAGAGAUGUGUCAGCGUACAAAUGUGGACAGCAGUGUUAGCUGACCGAUGCUGAUGUUCAGUUUGCAGACCAGUGUUAUAUGGCCUUCAUGUGGAGCUCAGCUUUUAAAUCUGAAAGGUUGAAAGAGACACCCACCCUCUGAGUUAAAGUGGUUCAAUUCAUUCAACUGCUAUCACAAUGUUUUUUUCUGCACCUCAACAUACCGAGGAGAAAGAGCAGGCAACAGUAUCAACACACAUCCCGACCUGUGAAUCUGGAUCUGCUGGACAAAGGUCUGGAGCUGUGAGCAUGAAAACCGUGACCCUGUUUGACGGCCUCAUUAAUACCCUCAAAGAUCAGCACUGCAGCAUAAAGGACAGAUGAUAAGACUUUAUCACCUUCAGCGCUGUGACACACAGCUGGACUGAGUUUGAAAAGAAAAAAACAAAAAAAACAACAUGGAAUCAUGAAGUUGGCUUUAAGAGCCUGUGUGGAACUGUUGGCCCUGGAUCAGAUCACCUGUUCACCCCUCAAUACCUCAGUUGGUAGUCAGUCCUCAUGUAAAAAAGGUGUUUGCUGAUGUACAUAACAAGGUUUACAAAUAGUAACAAUUCAUAUUUUGUACAGAACAAAUGAAAAUGUGUCAAACACCAUGGAAAUGAACCCAACACAAUGAUAAUUACAAUCAACACUGCAGAGGACAGCCAGCUGUUGUCUACACCAGUAAUGCCAAGAGCAGCUGGUGGAGUGAAUUUAAAGCAAUUUAUGAUGAAGUACCAAGCUUUCAACAAUCGUGUGUGUGUGUGUGUGUGUGUGUGUGUGUGUGUGUGUGUAAAUAGUGUAUUUAUUUGUAAAAGAGUUUAUUUUUUGACAGUUGGCCAUCAAAGGGAAGUGGUGCGAUGGAUUAUCUUCGAUUCACCACCUGCUACAGGAAGCUGCUCCUCAGAGAGACUCUUGGUGGGAAGCCACCCUAAAACUUUGUUUGAAGGACACUGGGACAAGGGAAGACUACAUUAGCAUUGGUACUGUUAAAUAAUCAUGCUUUAAAAGCAAAAUGUUGAAUUUAAAGGAUAAUUCUGCUUUAAUAUGAUGUGCAUUAGACUUUGUAUGUUUGGGCAUCAUUCCACACAGUUAAACGUUAACAUUGUUCUGACUGAGAUCUGAGAACGCUGGAAAUGAAUGAGGGUUAAGCAUGAUAUCCACCCACCCAUCUCAUGCAGUAAUGUGGCAGUUACUGCAGUGACAGGACUGACCUGUGGACGUGGGUUUUGCAUUCUGACUAAACGUUUGAAAUUAUGGGCACAAGAUAAAAUGAAGGACUUUGUCAGGGUGGUAGGGCUCAUCCUUGGAGAUUAGAGGAAGGCGUCGGGUCACACUACAAAAUAACUAGUUUGUACAAUGUUGUCCAACCAUGUCAAAAGGCAGAAGUGUUCAUGGCUGCUCUGAAUGAAUCAGUCAAAGGCAGAGUGAAAAGCUGGCAGGUAUGUAAUACGUUUGAUUUAUGUGGAUAACGGUGCACGCUUUCUGACAGUCUCUCCUGGAUGAUGUUCAUCGUGUUGCACUUGCUCGUCCACAUGAAGACAGAAACAGGUUUAGAUUUCUAAAUGAAAAACUGCACACAGCCUGCCCAUCACUGUGCCAAGUGUGUGAAUGCAGCGCCAGAAAUCAGUGUGUAUGAGGUAUGAGCAGACCGUGUCUAGCUCUUUGAGUCUUCACACAACUACUUCAGUCAUUUUUUACAGUACAAGUACAAGCGAGUGCAGCUCCAUGAACGUCUUCCAGAAAAGACUGUGGAGAGUGCUGUGUCUUUUCGAGACCCUGAACACAGAAUGCCCUCAGACAUGACCAGGAGUAUUAAUCUUCACUGUGACCUAGGCCUGGAUAUAUGGUGAUAUAUGGUGAUGGAUGGAUUACAUUACGUUACUAAAAAGAAGUCUGAUGGGUCAAGAACCAAGAUCAGACAAGUUGGAGAUUUUCAGACAAACUUAUCAGGAAGGUGAAAUUUAAAAUUGUCGUCCAAACUGUGUGUUAUAAACACCCAACUCAGAUUAGAGACCCACUUCAUGCUUCAGCUUUUAUCGACAGUCAGGACAGUUUUCCAGUACAAUGAGGGACACAAUAGCAACAACAACAACAAGAACACUUUCAGUCUCUGCGUUUGUUUGUUCUACCCUGUCUGAUGUUCCCAGAUCUCUCUGACUUUAGGUACAGUGUUCUAACUGGUGGAAUCAAUGGCUAAAGCUAUCAGAUCCAAGCUGUAAUGCACUAGAAUUAUCCUUUAAGAGUAGAACUCAGAAAAACUGAACUGAAGUUGAGCAUUUACUAAGAGACAUCAUAUUUCUAAUGUUUCCCUGUUGUAAGUCAUGGUAACUGUCAAUCAUUUAUGAUAUCAGUUGGUGGCAAAAAAAAAAAUCUCUAAAAACAUGUGAAAUCAUCACAUUGUUAAGAAUCUUUGAGUUUAGUGUUGUUUCUGUUUUUCAGAACUCACUUGUGUGUUGUCUAACUAACAUUUUUAGUGAAUUCAGUGUUCAGUCUUUAUAUGAAUGCAGCCAUGAUGACCCAGUGUGCUUCACAUCACAGCUGAUCGCCCUGCACUCGUUACUGUUUCAGGCAUUCAGUGGAUUCCAACAAGCAAACUUUAUACUCCAUCACAGUCAACACCAGAGCAUGCCAGACCGAUCUGAGUUGGCCAAUAUUAGCUUGUUUCAGAUGUUUGCUAUCAGAGUAUGAUUGAGACACAUUUCAUAGUUUGUCCACUAUAGAGAAGUAACACAGUCAUCAUGGCUCUACUGAUGUUAAUGUCAGCUGGUUUGUCUAAAUAAUGACAUUAGCAUUUAGCUCAAAGCACUGCUGUACCCGGGUGCAGCCUCACAGAGACUCAAAAAUAUGAAGAUAAACUAUCAAAAUAAUAAGAAAUUAUCAAUCAGGUUAAGUUAUUAGUUAGUAUUGGCCUUUGGUUUGGUCAAUGUUACACUAUUGUUAUGAGCUAAUGUAGUGCAGACUGUUCAUGUAAUGAUUGCACACCCAAGUUUCAACAGUCUGCUAAUUGACCAGUUAACUUCAAAUCAAUGGAAAACAAUGAUUGCCUGGGUCAUUUAUGUCUAUAAUUUGAAUAUACUAUAAAUUCCACUCUUACUGCCUGUGAAUGACUGAGCCUGUGUUUGUGUUUCAUAUUUAGAAUGGUACUGUUUCGUAUUGCAGUUCAGCUGAACGAGGUGUUCUGUAUUGUUUGACAUUGCACACAUAGUGAUUCAUUUUAACGAGAGAAGACACAUUUUGCUUCAAUGUCAGUGAAGGGAAUAAGUCACAGUGAAGGAACAGUUGAACAUGUUCAGGUAGCAAAUGCUUCUUUAAUGUUUUGACCAGAGUUGAGUUGAGUAAAACUCAUUAUUGAUUUAAUCUGUGCUUGUCAGCAUACACAUACUGUGAUCAGAAAGUAUUUACACUGUACUGGCUUGUAUUCCACCACAAUAAUUGAAAGAAAUUUUCACUUUUUUUUUAACCUUAAACCACUGUACUGUUUGCAUCCCACCAGUCAUGUUAUAUCAUGAGAUCUGUACACAUAUGGGAGAAGUUUGUCUUCAGGACUUUCUGCCUGAAAGCCAAAAGUCAAAUUUGACUAACCAUAAUCUUCUCCCAAACCUAAUCAAGUCGUUUUGGUUUUGGUGCCUAAAUCUAACCAAAUGUGACAGAAAAUUGAAAAUAAUUUUAAAAAACCAUGAAGCCCAGUGUUACACGCUGUGUUUCUCUUUAUUACAUGAUCUGACCUCCUAAAGGCUUUCCCAAUUUGUCACCAUUUAUCUGCCGUGCUACUGUGCUCAAUCAAGUAUGUGUGUGUGUGUGUGUGUGUGUGUGUGUGUGUGCACAAAUUUUGUGUUAUCCAUACACCCUAACAACCCCGAGAGUAAGGUUUGGCAGUCUGUGAGGGGGUGUGCCAUUAAGUCUAGUGUUCAGCAUGUGGAACAUAUGACAAGCUGGAUUGAGGUCCAGUAACUCUUGCCAUAAAACAGAAUGUUUCUGUGUGAUCACUGGAGGCUUGCACUUUAACCUCAUAGUGAUUGCUUAUUGUUCUAUUAUGCUUGAGUUGAACCAAAACAACAAAAAGUCCCAUCACUGUCCAGAAUCCUUUGUGACUGUGCUGAGGUCCAUGAUGUGUUUAGCAGGGGAACUGCUAGCCUAACGAAUUUUCUUAUUUACAUGUCAGCGACAAGUCACCACUGUUCAAACCUGACAACCCCACUGUGGAAGAUCCAUCUAACUGAGGCUAUCCAACCUCAAUAAUUUUUUUUUACAUUGACCAAAAUAUGUCAUUGAAAAGUAGUAAGAAGUGAAAACACUAAGACUGAAUGUCUGUUCAGCUUUGUAAUCUUGAUCUGGUCAGGGUUGAUCUUUAAAUCAAAAUCAUUUAGAAUGCUAAAUUUGGGAGUGUGCAGCUCCGUGUGCUUCACUAACAUUUGAGAACUUUAUUUUAAAAAAUGUUUUUGCAUUUUUAAACUAAGUUAUCAGGAAAAGUCUUGAUGUAGUGUCAGUACAGAAACUUCUAGUUCUGGCAUUGAACAUUUUUCAAAGUUAGCUGCAUAAGAUGACUGUGCCCAGCUUCUUUUUACAUUUCUGUUUCUACAUCAGAUGUAGCACGGCUAGCAGUUCCCCUUCCGCUUCCAGUCUUGAAACAUCCAACUCAGAACUCUGAUAUACUUGUUAUACUUGAUAUAUACAUAUGCUUUUUACCAGCGUUGAGUGUGCAUUCAGCAGGAGUAGGGGUGGACAAUAUGAAAAAUAUACCAUGUUACAUAGAACGUUUGACAUUUUGAUACAGUACAUAUUCUUGAUUGUUUAUGAGAAACAUUCAUACACUAAUCAUAGAAAAAUUCAUUGUUGUCAUAAGGUGGUCCUGCUCAGUGACGCCAUCAGAGCCGCUCUCAAAAAACAUCAGCUCUCAAAAUCAGCGUGUUCGUCUGAAGAGCACUUUGCCAUGAUUUAGUUUGAAUUGUUCUACAAUGAACUCACCAGUUUAAAAUGCCGCCAGUUUUCUCUCUGUAGAGUAAGUUGUUAAGUAAAGUAAAUGUGCUGUUUUCUAUAGAACAUUUCGAUGGCUCUUUGAAUGACUGAGCAAAACAGCAGGCAGCCUAAAUUUUAGUGCUGCCAAGUUUUUCCAAGUGAACUGUACCUAUGUCAGAGAAGUGGGUUUAAAAUGUCUAUUUUCUAUGAUUUGUUCCCCAAAUAUUUCCAAACACCCCACGACCAUGUCAGCAUGUGCCAGUGAGUUCUCCAAAAUUCAGCCAUCGUUAGUUGAGACGCAGCUUGACCCAACGUUUCUCAUAGCAGCAUGAGAAAGCAGUGUUUUUUUUCUAUGACUCCGUAUCCAAUGAUGUACAUGUAGUGUAUGUUAGCAUUAGUGUGUAUGUGAUGACAUCAUAUCACUCUCCAGUUUGUUUUCAUGAAGUAUUUCAACAAGUAUUGCUUUCAUCCUUUCUCUCACUUGUUUUGAUAGCUGUAUAUGUCAGAUCCAAACAUCUUCAGAGUUUUUAUCCUCUGAGAAAAAACUAACAAAAAAUGGAUUGUGUUCUACGGGACAUUGCAUGUAUUUUUUGUGUACAAAAUUUCUAGUGAUGUAACUGUGAAAAAGAUAACCACUGGGCCGUGAUUAUCAGUCUGUAAUUAUUUUGCUAAGUUAUUUUUUAC